CAGUUACACUUGAAAAAUGGCAGAAGCCUUUUUCCAUGCCCCGAAGAGGAAAAGAAGAGUGUACGAGAAUUAUGAGUCUCCAUUUCCAAUCCCUUUUGGUCAGAAAGACUUCAAAAUAUUCCGUGCUGAAAUGAUAAACAACAAUGUAAUUGUGAGGGACGCAGAAGAUAUUGAGCAGCUGUACGGGAAAGGUUAUUUUGGAAAAGGAAUUCUGUCUAGAAGCCGUCCAAACUUCACAAUUUCAGAUCCCAAGCUGGUUGCUAAAUGGAAAGAUAUGAAGACAAAUAUGCCUAUAAUCACAUCAAAGAAGUAUCGUCGUAGUGUAGAAUGGGCCACAAAGCUCAUGCGAAGACAGGGGAAGGAUGAGAGUACAGUGCACAGAAUCCUUGAAGAUUACACAAAACCACUUGAGCAUCCUUGCAUAGAACAGAAUGAAGACGUUCCAUUGCAUGAUGAGCUGAACUCUGAAAUGGUUUCCAAAAUAGAAGCCACAGCAGAUAGAAAGGAACUUUCUGUGAUGAAUGGAGACUUGAAAAAGUCAGAUGGUAUGGAGGAUCCCAGCAAGCCAUCAGACUGCCUGCAGGAAGGCCCUGGGCAUGGCCCACUACCUGCCAACGGCUUGGAUGAACACUUAUUAGAGGUCCCUGUGCCUCUGUCCCAAGUCCAUUGUAGCCAAAAAGAUGUUCUCUCCCAGGGUGGCAGUCAGGACAGCAGCCAGCGAGCGGGUCCCCUCUGUGCCAGAGCGAGCGGACCCGGUGAUGAGUACGUGCUGGUGGAGGAAGUCGUGUGUGAUGUGAGCGAGAAGGAAGAUGCCCCACGUGAGAAAUCGGCACAAACGAAGAGACUAAUCUGCAGAAGAAAUCCAUACAGGAUCUUUGAGUAUUUGCAGCUCAGCCUAGAGGAGGCCUUCUUCCUGGUCUAUGCUCUGGGAUGUCUAAGUGUUUACUCUGGAAAGGAGCCUUUAACGAUUAUGAAACUCUGGAAAGUUUUCACGGCAGUUCAGCCCACAUUCAGGACUACCUAUAUGGCAUACCAUUACUUCCGGAGCAAGGGCUGGGUGCCCAAAGUGGGACUUAAGUACGGAACAGACCUACUGCUGUAUCGAAAAGGACCUCCAUUUUACCAUGCAAGUUAUUCUGUCAUUAUUGAGUUAGUUGAUGACCAUUUUGAGGGCUCUCUUCGAAGACCUUUCAGUUGGAAGUCACUGGCUACCUUGAGCAGAGUUUCAGUGAAUGUCUCCAAGGAACUCCUGCUGUGUUAUCUGAUUAAACCCUCUACCAUGACUGACAAAGAAAUGGAAUCCCCAGAAUGCAUGAAGAGAAUUAAAGUUCAGGAAGUGAUUCUGAGCCGCUGGGUUUCUUCACGGGAGAGGAGUGACCAAGAUGAACUUUAACAGUUUGACCUCAGAAUUCUGAUUUCGCCAAAAAAUAUUUAUUGAGUCUCCUACAAUAAGCCAAGCUCAGGGCGAGGUAAAGAGUCCUUUUAUUGUAAUUGGCCAUUAAUUGGAAAGUUUUAAAGGGCAUGGUGCUCCCCAAACCAGAGAACUAUUAGUGUUUUAAAAAGGAAAUUACAGAGGGGAGAAGAAGAGAGCCCUGUGCCCGGUCAUCAGCUUCUGUCCUCGGUCGGCACUGACCGCGACUGGCCCCAGCUCCUCGCCUCCAGGCCCCACUCUGCAUCCUCGUCUGUUCAGUGAGGAGCUUGGAUAGAUGAGUCCGGCAACAGGGAACCUCUGUUUUACUCUAACCUCUAGACACUAACAGUUACAGUAUGUGGACUCGACAGCUCCCAAAGCAGCACUUCAUGCACAGGCGUCUCCUUACCCACAUCCAAUCUGUUCCCGAGAGAGUGCUGGAAAGCAGAUCUGGGGGUGCAGGACACCACGUUCCAUUACUUUAAAUGGAAAAAAUUACAUGUCUCUGCUUGUCCAAGAACUUCAACCAAUUACUGAAGCACAUAACAGUCCAUUUAGUAUUUAGCAAGGAUUUUUGUAUCAUAGAAAGCAUUUAAAACAUCAAUUACCUAAUUAUUUGUCAGUGAGCUAAUUGGUAGGCAUAUUUGUGUAGAAUACACAAUAUUAUGCAGUAUUAGAUAAAAACUGCACCUUGCUUCAGUUCACUUCUUUGAAAUAAAAAUAGGUGGUGAAAUAAUGUGUGAAGGAAGAUACAUAUUGAGUGCAAUUGACAUUUAGUAAACACAGUAAACAAAGCCUUUUUUUAAUUGGUUAGAUCCCAAUGAAGAGUUGCCUGAGGAGUGGCAUUUGGAAGCAAGAGGAGGGAAGUGGACAGAGGGCAUGGGGGUGGGGAGACUGAGCAAGAGGGAGCCAGUGUAGGAGUGAGGGAGCAAUGGUCAGAGACUUACCCACUGUCCGAAUUUGAGACACUGGCGGACAGUCCCUCCUUGGCAUUACAUACUCCAGAAGUAGAUGGUUAAGAACCAUCUUUGGAAGCUGAAACAAAAAACAAAAACAAAAAAACACAAAAUGAACACUUGUUUGCAUUCCCUCGAUGCCUUAUCUUAGAGAUCCCGACGGCCUAAGAUUCUGCCUGUAGUUGUGUUUUAAAGGUUUGGCAUUCGAUAAUGGAGCUCCCCUGCCUCAGACCAAUAACGACCAUCAAUUUUAAAGAGCUUCUUAGUAAGUUCUUUGCUCUUCAUUAGUGAGCUAGUAAUUCUUCAACAUUUUUACUGUUCACUUUGCUUACUCCAGGCUCCUUAGCAAAAUGAAAGACUUUGCUUUGAAUAGUCACUUCCUCAAAACCUUUAAUGUUGGCAGAAAAUUUCAGGAGGCAUCUCUUCCCUAUUUCAUUUAUCAUUUGUAGUGACACUUCUUUCCAAGUCUAACCAGUGCAGCAGAUGCCUUUAUGGUAAACUCUUCCAUGAAUCCUUCAUCAAAGUACAGUCUCCUGUCAACACUCCACCUCAGAUGCUUUGUCAUCAGCUGAUGUGCAUUGAAGGUUGUGGCGACUCCUCGGUAUAAAGGCUACAAAAGGAAGUAGAGAAGCCAAAAGACCGCACAGAUAUUUGUAACUGAACGCUCCAGAAGAAUGUCCAAAGCAUCAUCCUUAAUCAAAGAAGCCUGUGUGGAGCAUUUCCUUCUUUAUAUGGUAUAUAGAUUUGAACACGAAGUAGCAGGCCAUGCACUCCUCAGCAUUACAUGAGGGCCCUGGGGGUUCUGGAAUGGUAUACCAGCAAAGAUUUGAGUUUAAAUCACCCUCACAAUUUCUAGGUAAAAGUAUUAGCUAGCCCUGGCCAGUUUAGCUCACUGGUUAGAGCAGCAGCCCACAGACUGAAGGGUGUCAGGUUUGAUUCCUGGUCAAGAGCAUGUACCUUGGUUGCAGACUCGAUCCCUGCCCCC